GGGGGGAGGAUAGGGAGGGGGGGCAGGCCACACCACAGAGACUGGGACCAGAGGGACACUCAGACGCAGGGCUCUGCCAGCGUGGGCAAGGCUGCCCAAGGAUGAUGACACCCAGGGUCCUGGGGGUCCUGCUUCUCUCACGCCUCCUGCUCUGGGCCUCAGGUAUGGAAUAUUCUAGCAACAAACAGGAGCAAGCGAGGAGGCAACCUGAGCAACCAAGAAACGUCUGCCUGGGGCUCAUCAAUAAGGGCCAGUAUGAAUCUUUCCACCUGGAGAACACUGCUAGCUGCUUCACAAAGUGCACGCAGUCAGGGAAUGAAGGCUGUAACCUGGAAAACUUGCAGAGGUACUGGCUGGAAUUUGAGCACCAUCUGCUGGAGAGUCAGUCGGGCAUAGUGAACAUGUCUUUUUUGAAGGCUGCUGUCCAGAAUGUCAGCACCAACGUCUCAGAAGACCUGUUCUUCUCUCUGACGCCCUCCCAGGUUCCAGGGCAGGUGACAGAGGAUGAGCGUGAACACCCCGACAGAGUCCGGCUGCCCAGGAGCCUCUUUGAAUCCCUGCAGAGCAACAGGUCGGAGGUCUUGCUGGCCAUCACUGUCCUGGACACCAGUCCGGGGAAUCUCUUCAAGGGCCCCCAGCUCAGCCUGGAGGAUGGCAGCCGCGUGUUGAACAAUCGCCUGGUGGGCUUGAGUUUGGGAGGAAUAUCUGUCAGCAGGCUGGCUGAGCCUUUGGAGAUCACUUUCUCCCACCAGCACCUACCCUCCAACAUGUCCCUCAGCUGUGUGUUCUGGGAUGUGACUAAAGGGUCAGCAGGAGACUGGUCUUCCACAGGCUGCUCCACGGAGCUCAGAGCCAAGAGGACUGUCUGUCGCUGUGACCAUCUGACCUUCUUUGCUUUGCUGCUGAAGCCGAUCUUGGACCGGGCCACCGUGCAGUUCCUCGUUCGCAUUUCCCAGGCUGGCUGUGGAGCCUCUAUGAUCUUCCUGGCCUUUACCAUUGUCCUCUACGCUGUCCUAAGCCCUUCCCACUGCAGGUUCUACCGGCAGAGGUUCAAGUCGGAAGAUGCCCCCAAGAUCCACGUGGCCCUGAGCAUGAGCUUGUUUCUCCUGAAUCUCGCCUUCUUUGUCAGUGUGGGGCAUGGCCCCGAGCAGUCGGAUGCCACCUGCUGGGUCCGGGGAGCCGUCUUCCACUACUUCCUACUCUGCACCUUCACCUGGAUGGGCCUGGAAGCCUUCCACCUCUACCUGCUCGUCAUCAAGGUCUUCAACACCUACUUCGGCCACUACUUCCUGAAGCUGAGCCUCGUGGGCUGGGGCCUGCCUGCCCUAAUCGUCUUUGGCACUGGGAGUGCAGGCAGCUACGGCCUCUAUGCCAUCCGCGACGAGAGCGACGUCACCACGCUGGAGCUGUGCUGGUUCCGGGAGAAGGCAACUGCCUCUGCCCUCUACACCACCGUCCAUGGCUACUUCCUUGUCACCUUCCUCUUCGGCGCCGUGGUCCUGGGCCUGGUGGCCUGGAAGAUCUUCACUCUGCCGAGUGCCACAGCAGGCAAGGGGCAGGGACCGAACUGGAAGGGGGUCUUCACGGUGCUGGGCCUCUCGAGCCUGGUGGGUGUGACCUGGUGGUUGGCCAUCCUCACUCCGCUGGGCCGGUCCACCAUCUAUGUCUUCGCAGUCUUCAACUCCCUGCAAGGUGUCUUCAUCUUCUGCUGGUUCACCACGCUCUACUUCCCCAGCCGGAGCGCCAGAGCCUCCUCUUCUGGCACGGGCCGAGCCGACCAAGUCCACACCAUGUCUCACGAAUAGGAGGCCUCUGUGGGGUCAGGUUGGGAGCCGGCCGCACAUUCCGGACUCAGCUCUGACUCCCCGUGUGACCUCAGGCUGCUCCCCGUCUCCCUCUGGGCUUCAGUUUCCGUGUUUGUACAAUGUGGCUGGGGAGGGAGGAGAUGGGGACCAGGCUGGACCACCGGGCCUCAAAGGUUCCAUCCAGAUACUUCGAUCGGUGCUAAAGUCUACAAAUCCAGGAGAGCAGGAGUCUAAGGUUCCGAAACCCCCAAAAGCCCUGACAGCGCAGAGCGGUGCUCCCGCCCCACCCCUACCCCCACCCAAAGACCCCUGCCAGAACCGCCCCCUUUCCCCACCCCCACCUUCUGCCUUCAUAGCAAAGCAGCUCAUGUCUGCCACUGGCCACCCCCUGGUCUCAGUACCCGCGGAGUCUGUUGCUGGCGCUGCCCCUUGAAGGAGCCCAGCCUCUCCCCUUCCUCCCUCUGGCCACUGCCCUCCCACACCCCCACCCUCUGGCGGCCUGCCCUCAUCCCCUCAGGCACUGGGGCAGCUGUGGACUAGAGCUUUGGGCCUGUCUUCACGCAUGAGCCCCCACCGUUCAGGGGGCUGCCAACACUCUGGCUGUCCGGGGACACAGAAUUUCAGAGAAUGCCACUUCUUCAGUAGUGGGGACUAGCAGCCCCCUCCCCACUCUGACGGCUGCAUGUGUGGCCCGACCUCUCAUCUGCCGUCACCGUCACCGUCACCGUCGGCUGGAGGGCAAAUGUUCCAGAGCUCUGCACACUCGAGGGCCGAGGGGCAGGGCAGGGGGGCAGCGGGCAGGGCUGAGCAGAGAGAGGGCAGGCUUUCCCCCCCGGAUCUGAGCUCCAAUCGAGGAGGCAGAUCAGCCUCACUCACCAGUUCAGCCCAGCCCGAGCCUGGUACUGUUCAGGCCCUGAGUAAACACCUGUUGGCUGAAUAGCUGGAGGAGUGAGUUUGGCAUCGGCCGGGCAAGGUUCUGAGCCAGGGGAGUGUCUCAGGCCAGACCCGGCGGGGGUAUGUGUCACCUCCCGCGGCUGGGCCUCCGUUUCGCAACAUCGUGUUGGUUUCCUCAGUAGGAAACAGAAGGGGCAGAGAUAAGAGAGAGAGAGAGAGAGAGAAGGAAUGAAUAGGUAAACUAACACAGGGAAAGAAAAAAAGAGUGGAGGGGACAGAAAGACAGCAGCCCCCUGGCUGGCCCCGCCCCACACGAUCAUGCCCCACCUCUAGCCUUAAGUUCCCCACCACUGGGGCCAUCUCACCUUCCCUACUCACCCCUGUCCUUGCCAGUGUGCUUUGCCGAGGUCAAGCACCUGCCGAGGUGAGAAGCCACUAUUACGAGACCGUCCCCCACAGCCUCUGGGCUUGCAGCCCUCCUCCUGCUCCCCGAUGCCCGUGCCGAGUGAAUGCCCUCUCUUCUUCCUUCUCCCACCCAGCAAACGGAUGCAAGGCAGGAAGGCAGAGGCCCCUGCUUUAUGCAAGUCGAAGAGAAAUUCUAGGGUGUGGACAAUUGCAAAAGUGGAGCCACAUUGUAUCAGGUUUUGUGGACAAGCUUGGUGGGUUUGGAGACUUACUUUUACAGACAUCUAUUUCUCACGCUGGAGGGCUGGGCUCCCUUACCCCAAAGUCUCAGAGUCUCUGAACACAAACCUGUGUGGUCCACAGCUGCUUCUGUGUCUGACAGGCCUGGGUUCAAAUCCUGACUCUGCUACUUAGGGGCUGUGUGAUGCUGGGCAUGUCUCCUCACCUCUCUGAGUCUCAGUGGCUCCGCCCAUAAAAUGGGGAUCAUCAAGUUUUUGCCUUGACCUGAGAGCUUUAAGUGAGGUGACAUAAGUAAAGAGCCUGGUAUUAGAGACCCCCAUGGCUUAAAGAAAGAGUAGGUGGCCCCUUUGUGUGAACCAUGGACCUUUGAGACCUGUGUGUAACAUGGAAGGGGUAUGAAGGGUUAAAGCUCCCUUCCAGAUUCCUUGUACAGCCCUGCCAAGUGGGCCAGCCCUGUGUGGGAGGAGGAAAUGGAGGCCCAGAGAGGUCCAGCAACUUGCCCAGGGCUACUCUGCACGGGGGCUGAUGCAGAGCUGGGCUUCCCUGGGCUGCCCAUGCUUCCUCCCAGAGCAUUUCCUGGGUUCUAGAAUUAUUGCCUCAGCCCCGAACCCUGAGUCUCCAGGGAAACGCUGGGCUCUGGCUUUCCCAGUUGGAUGCAGGGGCAACAAAACCACAGCGGCUGAAUGGCCUGGGUUUCCUGGUGCUGAUGGAGAGGGAAGAUGGGGAGAUGUGGUUAAUGGUGGGGAUGUGUCCAUUUCCACUGGCUGUCUAGUCCAGGACCAGGCAGGGGCAGAGGGGCUGGCAUCCCUCAUUACCUGGGGUCACCCUAAAAGUGGCUCCGAGUGCCAAGCUGAGCACAUGCUAAGGCGAGGUGGAGCUCUGGCAAAAAAACACCCCAAGGCCCAGUGCGGAUGGAUGGGGUUCCGCUCUCGCUGCACGACCAUAGCAGCAAUCUAAGAGGUGGGCAGCACCAGCCUAAAGGCACAAACUCUGAGGUCAGCCUGUCUGGACCACAUUCUUCCUCUGCAACUUGCAUUGGGCCAGUUCCUCACCUACUGAGCCCAGAAAGCAGGCAUAGCAGUAACUGCCCCACAGAAUGAAUGAAGGCUUCAGGGAGAUCCUGGCUGGGAGGGCUGCCUGGUGUCUGGACCCCUGGCCCAGCGUGAAAGUGACUGAGCCACAGGUUUGCUCCAGACUACCGUGGUCAUCUGCAAGGAGGACCCCCCACCAUGCCUCCCUGCCUGGUUCUUUCUGCUCCACCCCAUCUUCUUCAUUCCUUGUAUUUUUCAUUACGUUAUAACAAAUGUACAGGAAAUAAGAAGACUUACUGGCUCUGUGCUCCCAGAUGGAUAACUUAAUAUCAAAAGACAACAAUUCUUCACAAAUUAACCUAUGAAUACAAUGCAGUUCCAAUAAAGAUUUCAAAUGAUUUU